UAGUAAUCUUUAGUUUGAACAUUACAAUUUAUUUGGAAGACACAUGUAUUGGGAGAUAGUAUGGUAAAUGUUUUAGAACAAUAACAACAACAACAACAUGGCAGAUGAUUUGAGAACAAGGAUGACAGGUGGCCGGGAGAGAGAUGCAGGAGUUAUGAAGACGAUGAUUAUAUUUAGUUUAUCUAUGUUGUUCUUCCCAGUGUUCCUGUACUUCUUCAGUAAAAGAAUGUUAUUUGAACUAUUUUUUGGUAUGACCAGUCAGGACAGUUAUUUUUAUGCAGCAUUUGUUGCUAUAGGAACUGUACAUUUGAUACUUGGAAUGUUUGUUUAUAAAGCAUUUACUGAAGAGACGAGUGACGCUGCUAAAUUGGACUAGUGAGGGUAUUAUAUGGAAUAUAUUCAUGAUUUAUUCAUCAUUCCUGUACUACACUAUAGAAACAUCGUCACGGCAACUUUGUAUAUAAUAUUGUGUAUAACUGUGAUGUAAAUUUUGGUCAGAUGUGUAUAGAAUGACAUGGCCAUUAUGUUUUACUGAAGCAUAUUUUCUGUGUAUAUUUAGAUAUGUUGCUGGGUUUACCAGCAUAUACAUGUAUGCAAUAAUAUGUUCAUACUUUAAAUAUUUACAUUUUUAAUGAAGUAGUGUACUUUACAUGUUCUUACGAAAUGUUGAUAAAUAUCAAUUUAUUUUUAGGUAAGGCAUCAGAAAAUAAAAUCCUAGAUUCUCGUCCCUGCCUGCAUGGCAGAAAUCAUUUUUUUUUUCUAAAAAAAAAUGUACAUCAAAGUUUCAUUCAAUCUUUCAGUAAAAUAAAGUCCAUGACAUAUUGUGUAAUGUCCAAAUUUAUUGUUUUCUUUGCACUGAAUGCUGCCAAGUAGCUUUUACAUUUGCAGCUUAACAUCAAGAUUAGCUAUAAAAGAAACUGUAUAUUUAACAGAUAAAAAACACAUUUUUAUGCCCCCCUUCGAAGAAGAGGGGGUAUAUUGUUUUGCUAAUGUCGGUCUGUCUGUCUGUCUGUCUGUCCGUCGGUAGACCACAUGGUUUCCGCUGAUUAUCUUGAAAAGUAUGUAUCACAAAGUCUUCAUAUUUCACAUAGUGAUUGGUUAUAACUAGUAGAUGACCCCUAUUGAUUUUGGGGUCACUAGGUCAAAGGUCAAGGUCACAGGGACCUUAAAUGUCAAAAUAGUUUCCGCUGAUUAUCUUGAAAAGUAUGUAUCACAAAGUCUUCAUAUUUCACACAGUGAUUGGUCAUAACUAGUAGAUGACCCCUAUUGAUUUUGGGGUCACUAGGUCAAAGGUCAAGGUCACAGGGACCUUAAAUGUCAAAAUGGUUUCCGCUGAUUAUCUUGAAAAGUAUGUAUCACAAAGUCUUCAUAUUUCACACAGUGAUUGGUCAUAACUAGUAGAUGACCCCUAUUGAUUUUGGGGUCACUAAGUCAAAGGUCAAGGUCACAGGAACCUUAAAUGUCAAAAUAAUUUUCGCUGAUUAUCGUGAAAAGUAUGUAUCACAAAGUCUUCAUAUUUCACACAAAGAUUGGUCAUCACUAGUAGAUGACACCUUUUGAUUUUGGGGUCACUAGGUCAAAGUCACAGGGGCCUUAAAUAUCAAAAUGGUUUCCGCUGAUUAUCUUGAAAAGUAUGUAUCACAAAGUCUUCAUAUUUCACAUAGUGAUUGGUCAUCACAAGUAGAUGACCCCUAUUGAUUUUUGGGUCACUAGGUCAAAGGUCAAGGUCACAGGGGCCUUAAAUGUCAAAAUAAUUUCUGCUGAUUAUCUUGAAAAGUAUGUAUCACAAAGUCUUCAUAUUUCACACAAAGAUUGGUCAUCACUAGUAGAUGACCCCUUUUUGAUUUUGGGGUCACUAGGUCAAAGGUCAAGGUCACAGGGGCCUUAAAUAUCAAAAUGGUUUCUGCUGAUUAUCUUGAAAAGUAUGUAUCACAAAGUCUUCAUAUUUCACAUAGUGAUUGGUCAUCACAGGUAGAUGACCCCUAUUGAUUUUGGGGUCACUAGGUCAAAGGUCAAGGUCACAGGGGCCUUAAAUGUCAAAAUGGUUUUCGUUGAUUUUUCCAUAAUUGAACACUUCCAUGUACCCAUUUUUGGCAAGUUUCUGUAAUAAAAUUACCAAUUAUGUGAGUCAAUGGCUAGAAAGGGGGGUAUAUGUGUCGUUCGACAUUCUUGUUCUAUUUUGCUGUUAUUUUUCAUUAAAGAAGACAGCCAAAUUCUUCUACAUUGCCCUUCUUAUGUAUUGCCACUUGCCAAGAAUAAAAAAAUAUGAAAUAAAAUCAACCUGCCUGCCACAAUUUUGUCAAAACAAUUGGAUGAGAAUCUAGUAAUUUAUUUUCUAUUGCCUUAUUUGAUUAAAUAUUUAGGUAAUAUAUUUGUAUAGCAAUGGGUGUAUUAAUAUUAAAUUAGCAUUUUGUAUGGAAGUCAAAAUACUACUUUGUUAACAUUUUGUUACCUUUACAACACAUUUACUGCAUGUUCAGUGUUACUUUCAUCAGUUGUUAAACAUGUAACAUGCUCUCAAUCUAUAAUUAGAACAUUUUUAAACUUGUGUUGGAGAAAAAAUGUAUUUCUGUGCGUUAAAAAUGGCUAGGCAGUCUUGGUUAUAUUUUUCUGUUAUUUUGUCUCCUUCUAUAACAGUAUGUUAUCUUUAUUUACAUGCAUUAUGUUGAGAUCAUAAAUUCAAUUUCAUAGCUAUUGACAAGUAUGUUUAAAAUUGGACAGUUACAUACUGUAAAACACUUAUGUGCAAAACAAUUUCUGCACAAAUUUUGAAUUUUUAGUAAUUUUUGCAAUUGUGAAUUUGCAAUGACAAAAACUUUGCAAACAAGGAAGUGACAUCUUCAUCAGAUUUCUGUGUUUCUCAUUUAUAUUAUAUGUGUUUUUUUAACCCACAGCUAAAAUUGCCAUUCACUGUAUAUCAUUCUAGUAGCAAUCAAUUUAGUCAGAAGAUAAUUGAUAUCACCUGUUUUAUUCAACAGUUACUGUGUAGUUGUAACAGUUAAACUGAGCAUAGUGUAACAGUCUCAUAGUUCAGCAACUAUUAUUUGUGUACAAUACAUGCAUGUGAAAAUAAACAAUAAAUUGUCCCAUCACGUCAUUGUGCCAUAUACAACAAUCAUUUUCUUGUAAAUAAGGUUGUUUAUUAUAUAUUAAUAUUACACAUGUAUAUUAAUGUACAUACUCUUUAUUUUUAUUGAGUUUGAUGAAAUAAAGGUACACAGAUGUAAAUCUUACAUUUAAAUGGCCUUCACAAAUUUCAAUACAGUUUGAUAACACUGUAACAAACAAGUUUUCAAGCAGCAAAAUUCUGGAAUAUUAGUACUAAAAUUGGAUUUGGAAAUUUGCAUGAGCAUUUUUUGCAUUGUUUAAUCAUGAAUACUAACAAAAAUAAACAAACAUGAAUAAAACCUGUUUUAAAGUAUCAGGCGCAAUAUUUCCAGUCAUCUAAAAGGCGCUUGUUUUAAUGUAGCUAGAGGUCACUUCCCUUAAUAUAAGAUUUCACAUUGUCAUUGAAUGGCAAUUUUUUAUUGACCUUUGAAGUUUCAGAAGCAUUCAAGUUUAAUUUCUGGCAUGGGAUCAUUUAGUCAUUUAAUUUAAUCUUUUGUUGAAAAAUAAAUAUUUUCUUGGCAUGUAGUUUUUAGAAAAAGAAUAUUUAAAAGAAUGUGUUCUUUGUAUAUUGCUACAUUUUAUUAAAUUAUUUUGUAUAUAUACAUUUUAAUUGGUUAAUAAAAAGUGUCAAGACUUUUA